UGCUGAGCAGUGCGGUUGCAGUGUGAUGGGGUCGAAGCCGGGGCUGACGCUUUGACAGCUAGUAGAAGAUCCAGAGAAAAGAGCGAGCGGCUCCACACUGCAAACCAUGUUCGCCAAAGGCAAAGGCUCGUCGGUGCCCUCGGACGGGCAAGCUCGGGAAAAAUUAGCUUUAUAUGUAUAUGAAUAUUUACUACACGUAGGAGCACAGAAAUCAGCACAGACAUUUUUAUCGGAGAUCCGAUGGGAGAAAAAUAUCACGCUAGGGGAGCCGCCUGGGUUUUUACAUUCUUGGUGGUGUGUAUUUUGGGACCUAUAUUGUGCUGCUCCUGAAAGAAGAGAUACCUGCGAACACUCAAGUGAAGCAAAAGCCUUUCACGAUUACAGCGCUGCUGCAGCCCCAAGCCCUGUGCUCGGAAACAUUCCUUCCAGCGAUGGGAUGCCAGGGGGUCCGAUCCCUCCAGGGUUCUUCCAGGGACCUCCUGGCUCUCAGCCCUCGCCACAUUCACAACCUCCACCUCACAACCCUAACAUGAUGGGACCCCACAGCCAGCCUUUUAUGUCCCCACGAUAUGCUGGGGGCCCAAGACCCCCCAUCAGAAUGGGAAACCAGCCCCCAGGAGGCGUCCCUGGUGCUCAGCCACUGCUGCCCAACACAAUGGACCCCACACGGCAACAAGGGCACCCUAACAUGGGAGGACCAAUGCAGAGAAUGAAUCCACCAAGAGGAAUGGGCCCAAUGGGACCUGGACCCCAGUCUGAUCCUUGGUUAUCAUUGCAGAACUAUGGCGGCGGAAUGAGACCUCCACCCAAUUCAAUAGGCCCUGGCAUGCCUGGAAUUAACAUGGGUCCAGGGGCAGGCAGACCAUGGCCCAAUCCUAACAAUGCAAAUUCAAUCCCAUAUUCAUCUUCAUCGCCGGGUGCGUACGCGGGUCCCCCUGGUGGAGGAGGUCCUCCUGGCACGCCUAUAAUGCCAAGCCCAGCAGAUUCAACAAAUUCCAGUGACAACAUCUACACAAUGAUUAAUGCUGUACCACCAGGAGGAAACCGAACAAAUUUCCCAAUGGGCCCCGGCUCCGACGGCCCCAUGGGGGGGAUGGGCGGAAUGGAGCCACACCACAUGAACGGAUCAUUAGGGUCGGGAGAUAUAGAUGGACUCCCUAAGAAUUCUCCAAACAACAUAAGUGGCAUUAGCAAUCCCCCAGGCACUCCGAGGGAUGAUGGCGAGCUUGGAGGCAACUUUCUCCACUCCUUCCAAAACGACAAUGACAAGAAUGAGUCAGCCAUCAUCUGGAAGAUAAAAGAGAGUUCGCAAGAAGCAGCUAAACAUUUUGGCAAGGAACCGGGGAAACACCCCGAAUUUAGUUUCAUGCAAUAAACGAAACAAAAGGCUGAACUUCUUGCAUUCCAUAAAAAAUGAAGGACAUUUUCGAGACAUAUGACAAAACUUAUUUGGUAGGGUUAUAUAUAUACAUGACACAUUUUAUUAUUUUAAUUAUUUACUUUUCAAGCGAAAUACAGAGCGCCUCUAGCACCUGACUUGACCUCCUUUGCUUUGUCCUUAAACCUGUUGUAUGUAUGUCUGUGCUGUGCCGCGCAGGGAAGCUAGUCUAGGUAUGAGAAAUCACCUUGUCAGUGUUGUAGCUACUUUGUAAAACCUGGACAGUUUUACACAUGCACUGUGGUUUCCUUUUGAAUACAGAAAGAAAAACCAGACUGUUGGCAAUUCUGAAUUGUGUCUUUAUUUUGGUAAACUGGCUCCUUCAUCUAGCUACAAGGUUUCCUCUUUCAAGAAGCAUCACAACCCUGCCUCCUAUGGAAUUCUUUGCAAUGAACUGUGGGACAGAAAUUCAAGAUGCCUUGAAGUGGAUGGUGAAUCUUAUUGUUUUUGUUUUAAGUUUGUCACAUACCUGUGAUAGCCAUUGGACAUUUUUACGUGGGAUGAAUACAUUUUGAAAGCUUUUUUAUUUGGC